AUCCCCCCCAUUUUCUCUUCACAGUACAGGGCGCUAGAUACCCCAUUUUCCACUUCAUCUGCACCUCAAAACAACUCAAUUGCAACCAAUGGCGAGUUCGACAUCGGGCGCAGGCCAUGGUACUGACCCUAUCCAAACCACACAUAUAUCAUCAAAUACCGCUCCAGUUGAGAUGGAUAAUCUUGAUACUUCAAAAAAGUCAAUAGAAGGCGCAGGAACGUCGGGCCUAUUGAACGAUAUUUUCAUUCCCGAAACAUCAUUUAUGACAACUGAUUAUCAAUCUCAUCUACCCACAUCUUCAGCUUUACCCACAACAUCAACAUCAACAACAACAGCAAUCACGACGGCAGAUAUGGGUGAUUCUUCAAAUCAAAACGCAGGAGUCGGAGAUGAAAGAUCUGCUUCUCAAGAACAAUUAACCGCACAAUAUACCACGAACGACGAACCUUCACCGACCGAUCCCGCGCCCGCGCCGCCACCAACGAUGUCAAAAAGCGAAGGUAAAGCCCCUGCAACUGAAUCAUCCUCCGACGCUCAAGAAUCCCGACCAACGCGAGCACGACUUGGUUCCGUAGCCAUCGGCCCCUCUACCGAAUCGACCCAUGUAAUGCCAGCAUCCACUGCUGUCGAUGCUGGACCUGCGCUCACGAUUACUCUGUUACUUGGAUCCGGCGCUCGCCACCCAUAUAAGAUCGACGAGAAAUAUUUAACCAAACGAGCUGUUACGGUACCAGAUGUUACGGAAGAUGGGAAGAAGGAUCCUCUCAGUAUUAGUGUAUAUACGCUGAAAGAGUUAAUAUUAAGGGAAUGGAGGGAAGAAUGGGAAACAAAACCGAGUAGUCCGAGUAGCAUACGAUUGAUAUUCUUUGGAAAAUUGUUGGAUGAUAAGGAAGCUUUGAAAGGUAUGUUUUUUAUUUAAAAUUAGAUGAAGCCGUGGGUCACAAGGUUGAAUGUGAGAUCAAAGUCACUUGAUAUAUAUUCUUGUGGCAACGAUCGGUUCUGCGAAUCUAUUUAACUAACAUCUACUUCUCACAGCAUGUAAAUUCAAUCUCGAGACAUCAAAUGUGGUACAUAUGACUAUUAGACCGCAAGAUAUAGUUGACGAGGAAGAUGCAUCGAAAGCGAAAUCCACGAGUCGAGGAAGAGAAGAUAAUGAAAUUAAUGCCGGGUGCAGAUGUGUUAUACUCUGAAUACCUAUCUAACCCAUUACAAUCAUCAUUUGUUUCCGAGUACAACCCUCCCUCGUCUGCGAAAAAGCAAAGGAAGGGAAGGGAAAAAAAGUUACAUGCGUGCAUUUUCGACGCAUCGAACAAACAAACAAAAUAUACAACAACCACUAUCAGCACAUAUCCAUUGUCACAUCUUAAUUAUCCAGCGGAACGGAAUUUUACAGCUAGUUACGAGUGACAGCGAGGAGGGCGUUACUGGUUCGAAUGGAAGGAUUUUUUUUUUGCUUUUGCUUUUGUUAGGUUUUUCUAGCGUUUAAAAGGAUUAUGGUGU